AUGCAACAGCAAGUAGGAGAGAAAAGACGAGGUGUGAGAGGUGUGAGAGGCGUGAGCUCAUCUCAACAUCCACCGCGACCGCCGGGUAUCCGAGGCCUUGGCACGCCGUACCUAAAUGUCGGUGAUCAAGUACCCCACACGCCAACUGGUGCUGGGGAGGGACUGCCGAGUCCCGGCGCGACGACUCGAGACAAGGUCGGGAGGUACCUGAGACAUCCAGCUACACCAUCUGCGUAA